AUGUCACAGCUGACGUCAGCGCAGGAGGAGCUGAGGGUGAUAGUGGAUCUCGUGAAUGCGGUGGAGAGCGGUGCAGAGGGGCUGGCUGUGAGUGGGGUAUCGAAGCCGAAGCAGCAUGCAGCAGAGAUGAGCGCCGAGCUCACUACCCGGCUGGCAGGCAAACUCACGCUGCUGCAGGAUGUGGGGGGAGGCUUGCUGCACGCAGCAGCGCGCCUCACACAGCAAGUCAGCGACGACGCACCAUUCUACACCGCACUCCAGCGCAUACAGCACCGGUGGAAGGUCAAGCGCACCCACCCUGCCCUCGCCCCUCCGCCCACCCCGCUCUCCGCCUCCUCCUCCUCCUCAACCGCGGCUGGCUUUGCUGCUGACGUCACUGUGCAAUCGCUCCUCCUCUCCCUCCCUCACGCGCCCCCUCUACCUGCCAGCAUGCCUCUCAUACCCGCUACAAGCCUCCCCUUUACCUCGUUAAGACUUGAUAGGGACAAGCAGGGAAUGCUCCGGGCUGCUCCGCCUGAAGGCCAGCCAAUCAGGAGGCUCCACGUCAGCGUAUUUGGGAGGGAAGCGGGCAGCGAAUAUGGGGAGGAUGGUGGUGCUGGUCCUGGUGCUGCUGCUGAUGCUCGUGGUAGUGGUGAGGGGGUGGUGGGGAAGGGGGAAGAGGAGGAAGGAGAGGGUGGGGGGAUGGCAGAGGGGACGGACGGGGAGGAGGGGGAGGAGAAGGAGGAGGAGGGGGGCGAGGGGACGGCAGUGCACAAGGCUCAUGAGCUGCUGAGGGCCGCGCAACGCUCGUGGUUUGACUGGCAG